GCUCGCUCGGAGCGGGGCGGGCGGAGCCGCUGCCGGUGCCGGCCCCUGGCGGAGCCGGGGUCCCUCCAUGCCGCCAUGGCCCCCCGCGCCCCCCGCGCCCCCCGCGCCCUGGCCCUGCUGCUGGCGAUCGGCGCCCUCGCAUCCGCGUGGCCCCCCCAAAACUCCAGCGUUGGCGAGGGGAGAGCCUGGGAGGGCUCGUUGGAGAGCAGCCCCCCGAAAUGGGACCCGGCGAGCGGAGACCCCCCGGGGGCACCCAGCAACAGCACGAGCGGCGGGGGGGCCGCGGCGGGACCCCAGCUGGAGCCCCCCGGGGGGGGCGCGGCCACCACCGAGCCCUCGGCCGGGCCCGAGGGGUGCCCGGGCUGCGAGGGCGAGGCCAGCGCUGUGCCCCCCCGAGCCGUGACCUGGCCCGGGGCCGGGGCCGCGCUGCCGGGGGCGCUGGGCAGCCCCGAGGAGCCGGGCAGCGGUGACCGGCCCACGCCCGGCCCGGGGGGCUCCGGGGGGCCGCCGGCCGCCCUGCCCAGCCCCCCCGGGCCCCAGCUCGCCACCGGCUCCGCCGAGCCCGAGCUGCUGCCGGCGGCCGGGGGCUCUGCCGAGCCGCGCACCCCCGCGCUGGGCGAGCCCGGCCCCGCCGCCGCCGCCGGGGGGGACUCGGGGGGACCCCCGGAGCUCUGGGCCGCCGCCUCCAGCCCGGCCCCGGCGCAGGGCGCCCGCGGCUGGACCGACCUGACGUGGCUGCAGGAGCCCAUCACCGCCGCCACGGGCCCGGCCAAGCCCCCGGGCGAGCGCGCGGGCUCGGACAUCAUCGACGUCGACUACUACGAGCUGUUCGAGGGGGGCGAGGGACUGGGGGGCUUCCCCGGGGCCGAACGGGGCGCGGCCGGCUCGGCGCGGCGGCGGGAGCCCGAGGGGGCGGCCACGCCCUGGGCCCUGCACGAGCUCUACGACGACUUCACGCCCUUCGACGACGCCGAUUUCUACCCCACCACCUCCUUCUACGCCGACGGGGACGACGAGGACGAGCUGGAGGACGAGGAGGAAGAGGAGGAGGAGGAGGACGGGGGGCUGGAGGAUGAGAACGGCUACCGGCCGCCAGCCUCGGCCGCGCCCGGCGCCGCCCCGGCCCCGCAGCAGCCCCGGCCCACCGGGCACCGAGCCGCGGCCCCGCCGCCGCCGCCCACGGCCUGGCCGCGCCCGGGGGAGCGGGACAACGGCUCCGAGUGCCGGAGCGGCUACGUGCGCCACAACAGCUCCUGCCGCUCGCUCUGCGACCUCGUCCCCAGCUACUGCCACAACGGCGGCCAGUGCUACCUGGUGGAGAGCCACGGGGCCUUCUGCCGGUGCAACACGCAGGACUACACGUGGCACAAGGGCACUCGCUGCGAGUCCAUCGUCACCGACUUCCAGGUGAUGUGCGUGGCCGUGGGCUCGGCCGCGCUCGUGGUGCUGCUGCUCUUCAUGCUCACCGUGUUCUUCGCCAAGAAGCUCUACCUGCUCAAGACGGAGAACAGCAAACUGCGCAAGACCAAAUACCGCACCCCGUCCGAGCUGCACAACGACAACUUCUCCCUCUCCACCAUCGCCGAGGGCUCCCACCCAAACAGAGAAGCCAAGGGCUUUGCGGAGCGCGAGCCGGAGGAGGAGCGUAGGUCCCUUUAGCCUUUCCCCACCCAUGGCCGGUGUUCCCCGUCUCCCGAGCGCCUUUAGCAGCCGUAGCCCGGGCAGGAGGCUCCGGGGCCGGCCCGUCCCCGCUGCCGGCAGGAUGAACCUCGGGAUGAACUCGGUGCCGGGCUCUGACACGUCCCUCGUGCCCUCCGGAGCCGGAGGGUUCGGCACGCGGUGCCUGGGACGCAGCACUCCGAGGAUGAGGAGGGGUCAGCAGGGUCGACACCCCUGGAAAGGGCUUUUUGGGGGUCCUGCAGCGGCGGAGCCGAUGGCAGCAGCUCCGGACUGGCCGCUGCCCAGGAGAUGGAGAAUCCUGUCCCGGUGUGACGGCGGCCCUUGAGUGUCCGCGUCACUGUGCCGCUCUCCAAGCGGCACCGGCAGCACCGGAACCAGCACGGCCCCCCCGGCACCCCCGGGCCAGCGCCCCCCACCCCGCCCCACUGCGGGAUCGGGUGCGGGUGUGGGACACGGGGGGCACAGCCCGGCCCUGGCGCGGGGCGAUGCUCAGGGGGGACACCGGGGACAGAGAGGCGUGCCCGGCCUCGGAGCGGCGCGGGGACACCGGCUGUACGCUGAGGAACCGAAUAAA